CAUUAAUGUCAUUCAAGGAAAAGCAAACUUUGGCUGUCUUGCCAGACCCAGCUUGCAUCCCGAUGAAUUCAUGUUCAUUAAACCAUAGUUUGACUGAUUCUUUAGAGGUCAGUGUCUGUUCCUUGAAUUGUUUAGUAACAGUCAGUAACGUCAUGGUAGGAAAGUUUUUUUAAAUCUUCUGUCAUCAGAGGUGAAACUCCAGUUUAAUAAUUUUCUUAGCAACCUAAAGGUUUGCCCUGUUGUGAAAAAGACAGCUGAGAAUAUGAUUUUGCCCUUCCAGCUGUAACAUGGGGAAUUCAAACUCAGUCAUGAGUUGGUUUGCGAAUCAGGAGUCAACAUAGACAAGAGUUUCCCCACUUCCUUUUUUAUAUAAACGCCCCCUUUCCCUCCCUUGUCGGCUUUAACCAUGGUUUAGUGUUACAUCUGCACUAACACCAACGAUGGUAACUGCUUACCAGGGUUCCAGUCUUCACUAGAACUUGAAGCUAGGGUUGAAACAGAUUUGCAAACUCAGAGAAGUUGGUUAAUGUUAAGCAUUUGAUUUAAUUCCAAACUUUGAGACUACAGAAGGGGAGAGGGGAAUUGUAUGAGAGAGGUGAAGGGGAGGGGGAGCAGUGCAUGUCAUAUCGACUAGCUUCUGAGUUCUAAACCAUGUUACACAGAAACAUAGAAAGCUGGUUUGCAGGCAGCCAUUGUCACGUCUACACUGAACACUAAUGUCAUUUGGCCAGUACUGGUAGCUUUAGGUUACAAAUCCUAAUACAGAUAACACACCUGGCUAAAACAGAAAUACCCCUGUACUUGUUUAAUUGUAUUGAAAUGCAAAAGUUUUAUCGCUCACAACACUGGCCUCUAAAAAUCUUUUUGUGGCACCAGAUAGACUAGGUAUGACAUGAGCAAUCUCAGCAAAUAGUAAUAAUACCUAGCAUUUGAAUUGGAAUGUUGGAAGCACUUCAUACAUUAUCUUAGUAAAACAGUUCUGUAAGGUAGGAUAAUAAUGAUUAUGAAUGAUUCCUUAGAAUGGCUUUCUAUUCUAGAUUUUCAGUGGCUUGUGUUUCCUGUUACAGGUGGUUGUUUCUUUGCUUUUCUGCCACUCACCUCUACUUCCACAUCUAUUAAGAUGGUUCUUGGCAUCAUAAUCUUGAAAAAUUACAGCAUCAGAAAGCCUUAUUAGAGGAAAUAAGGGUGGGAUUGGGUAAAUGUGCAGGGCCAGGAUCCAUUGUAUGAUAACUAAGGCAGGAACAACAGGACAUCAAAACUCAGAGGGGAAAAGGUUAAAAAGAAUAGGUUUGAGGCCUGGGUGGACAUUUGAGGAAGUGCCUUGUGUACAAAAGAUAAGGGGCUAUUGAUAUUUUCUCUUGAAUGCACUGCAUUCGGAGCCCAGGUGUUGCCAGACAAUUGAGCUGUGGACUUUUCUCCAAUUUACAAAGGAAGAGUGCAAAGGUCCUGGAGGCAAGAAACACCUGAAGCAGGGGCGGAGGGGAUCUCAUUGGGUAAUAAGCCUUGCUAAUCCCCAGGGGACUCCUGUUUGAGAGCCCCAGCAUUAACUGAUUUGGCCUUGUUGGUCUAUGAAGUUUGGAUAAAAACUUUAUCUCUGGAGCUUGAAAAUAAGCAAGCAGCAAUACAAAAUCUAAAUGAACAGAUGAGGAGCCUCCAGAAAGAGAAUGAAGUUUCAUGCAGACAAACACAGCUGUUGCGAAAAACAUUGGAACGACAUAAAUUCAUCCUAAAGAAAGCCUUUGUUCUCCUUCCCUUUAUCAAAGGAGAGGUACACAGUGUUAAAGGAGGAAUAUUUGACUUUCUCAGCCAAUGGAGUGCACUCAAAGGAGAGAUUUUUUUACACAUAAAAAAGAUUAAUUUAACAGCAUUGACAGAAAUAUCCAGUCUGAACCGAAGCUUGGGUGAAUGCCAGAGGGAAAAUCUGCUCCUCCAGGAGGAGGUGCAGCGUUUAAGGUUGAUAUCAGACGCAGCUGAGCAGCAAGCUGAGCAACUCCAGGCGACUCUCUUACGAGAGAGUGAAUUACAAAACAGAUGUCACGAACUACAGAAGAAAACACAAGAUUUAACAAGUCAAGUAGAGACAAUUGAGCACAAGUUCCAGAAAGCAGCUGCCGAAAUCAGCCAUUAUAAAGAACUAUUCGUAAAGAAGUCAAAAGAAGUUGAAGACUAUCAAAGUGAACUCCAGAAACUGACAUCUGAAAUUGGAGCAUCCACAUCUCAGUUUGCUAAUACCCUGAAAGAGCGAGAAGAGUCUUUGCUUGCCUGCCAACAAGCAUCUGGACGUUUACAGGAAGAAGUGAUUGAGAAAGAGAGGAAAGAAGAGGAGCUAAAAAAACGCACCGACCAUUUGGAGAGUGAACUGGAAACGAUUAAGAGUCUUCUCAAGCAGCGAGAGGAAGAAGUGGUAAUGCUUAGGCAAGAAAGGGAGUCUCUGCUGAUUUCCCAUCGGAGCAGAAUGGAGCAACUGCAGGAAACAUUGAGGCAGAAGGUGCUGAAGGAAAAGAACUGGCAGGAAAAGAUCAAAGCUGAUAGAGCAAAGGAACAAGCUCAUCACAAAGAGGAGAUUCUCAGCCUCAAAGAGGAAGCCAGAAUGGAACUAGAAAUUGAGAAACAAAAGCAUCAGGAAUUGAUUGCAAAAUAUCAGAAAGAUCACGAUGACCAGCUACACCUUAAGAUACCUGCAUUGAUAUCAAGUGCCACGAAUAGCCUGAAGAUGGAAGUGGGCACCCUUGAAAAGAAGCUCUGUGAAGCCCAGAGCAAGCUUACAGAGAAGCACCGAGAGAGAGAGGAGGAAUGGCAAAGUUUAAAAAAACAAGUUGCCGUGCUUGAGCUCCAGCUGCAGGAGGAACAGAGCGCCCAUCAUUCAGUGACAGAAGACAUGAGAGAAGAAAUAAAGAAGAAAACUUAUGAGCUGGAAAAACUGACUCAAGAGCAAACGCAGUUGAUUCAGAAAAUGAGUCAGGUUCAAGAGGAGAAUGCUCUUCUCCAGGACACAGUGCGCAGGGAGUGUGAGGAACGGUAUGAGCUCACCGAAGCCUUGGCUCAAGCCAAAGAACAAGUCGUGGAGCUAAAGAAACUCGGUGGAAACUUCCAAUUGUCACAGUGUUCUCUCAGUCAGGGCAGCCUAACCUCCGCUGCAUUGGUCAGCAAUCACGGGCAGAGGAGCCCAAACUGUGGGAAAGGAAUAACAUUCUCGGGACACUGUGGGAUUUCAAGAGCCACUAAAGCACCGCUCUCGAAUAGGUACAAAAGCGGCAUGAACACAAGCUUGCCUGCUCUGCCUGCGCUGCAGUCCCCAAGCAGAAAAACAUCUCUAGAUGAAUCCAGGAAGAGAAUCACAGCAGUUCUAAAAAGACAGCUGAGUGAGCUGUGAUGAGUCAAGGACUGCUCUCUCUCUCUCUCUCUCUCUCUUUUUUUUAUUGAGAAGAGUCAGGAAAAAAACAGUGGCAUAGGUCAUUAGGCCACCUCAGUGUGGCCCACAGGGGAAAAUACCAGAUUUUACUGUAGGGCAAUUAGCAUGUUUCUAGCGCUGAGUGUUGCUGUUUUAUAUACACGCAACAUCAAAUUAAGCUAAGCAGUGGUUUUUAAUCUCACACGUGUUUAUGUUUUAUAUUGAAAUCAUGAAUCGGCAUUUUGCUUAGUAAAUACUGGUGACUUAGGUCUGGUUCUGACUAAAGUAGCAAUCUUGUGUAUGGGCUUCUGCCUGCAGAUGGGGCUUCACGUAAAGGAUAAACUGAAGAGCAGGGUGGAAAUGUUUCCCUACAGCAAAGUAGAUGUCAGGGGUGUCAAGCCUAGCCUUGUCCCUGCAUGUAGAAAACUAGUGUGGCAAGAAGAAGACUGGGCUAAAACAUUUGUGUGUGUGCAGGAUAUGUAUUCAGUCUGAAGUGGUACGAUGCAGACACAGAUAUAGCACGUCAAUGAGAAUGAGGCCUACGGGUGUAGAGGAUAUAGUAAAUUGAUUAAAGUACUUCACACCUACAGUAUCCUGAAGUAUUUUUCACGCUGCGUGCCUCUGUUUUUAAAAAGUUAAUAAAAACAUGCAAAAAUUCCCCCCA